UGCGCGUCCGGCGGUUCGCGGUUGCGCCAACUGGUAGAGGAUGAUGCUAGCAGCCAGUGUAGAUGCACAGCCUUUUUCACAACAAUAACAUCAACCAAAUUUGCAUCUCCAUUUACCAGAUUUGAGGAUUAUUUAUUCCGAACGCUAUCGGAAACCGUGCAUUGGACCGCGCCACGCCGAAUUUCUUUCUGUAUCUUUUGGCUACAUCUUCUGUUGACAAUGGGAGCGAAGGGGUUUGCAGAUUUACAGGGCUCCUUUUUGCAGGAGCAGAAACAAGAAUCAUGGCUGGCCAGCUAGGCCGCAGAUGGAUUUUGUCGCUAACAGCAACAGCCUAUUGAUAUAAAAUAUCGUAUGUAGGCUCGGUGCAGCCCAGUAAAAGUGGUGCUAAGAAGCUAGUGUGUCUAUUACACGAUUAUCGUUGAUUUGUCUUGACUUUUCUGGGCCCACAACACAAGCUAGCGAAUCCGCUAGCUUCACAACCUUGACUAUCGUCUUGCUUUCGUAGUUAGCUCUUUUAGCCAGCUAGCGUUAGCUAGAAACGCUUGGCCGGCCAUCCGCUGGUAAAAAACAUUUGGAAAAACAUUUUUACUGCGGGAUUUACUCUCAACGUUGUGUGCCCGCAAGGCAUUUUUAUCGCAAAUUCCUUUUGCAACGUCUGCACCUGGAUGAAUGUGGGACAAAAUGGAGACCCCGACGAUUGUGUACGAUUUGGAUACCUCUGGGGGCUUAAUGGAGCAAAUCCAAACACUGCUGGCACCCCCGAAGUCUGAGGAGGUAGAGAAGAGGAGUCGGAAGUUGGUGAGAGACGUCCGGAGGAGCGGCAGGGCCACCAACCACGACACCUGCGAUAGUUGCCGGGAGGGGGGAGACUUGCUGUGCUGUGACCAUUGUCCUGCAGCCUUCCACCUCCAAUGCUGCAACCCACCUUUGAGUGAAGAAAUGCUUCCCCCAGGGGAAUGGAUGUGUCACCGCUGCAAUGUUCGUAAAAAGAAGCGAGAGCAGAAGGCAGAACAGACCAAUGGCCUACCGGAGAGGCCCUCGUCGAAGCGCUCUGUGUCCCCGGCUGUGGAGCUGGAGCUCAACGCUGGGCCGCUGCGACUUGACGGUCUGCCUCCGGGGGCCGGAGCGGCAGGGCCUGGUCUACGGGUGGCCCAGGUACGCCUCUUGGACCGCAGGACCAGCAGCAGGCCAAGUAGCCGGCCUGGUACGCCCACCUCCAACACUUCGUCCACUCCGACUCCCUCAGAGGAGCAGAAUGACGGGGAGGAUGAGGCAGCAGAGCCCGAGGAUGAAGUUCAGGGCUCAGAGCUUGAGGGUGCUAUGCUAUCUGCUCCGACUCCACGCCUUCUCAAGAGGCCCUUUCAGCUGCUAAUAGCAGCCGCUAUGGAGAGAAACCCAACACAGUUCCAGCUGCCCAGUGAGCUCACAUGCACUACUGCACUACCAGGCAGCAGUAAACGGAGGAGAAAAGAGGAGCUACUAGGAAAGCCAUUCAGGAGGCCGCAGCAUGAACUGGAUCCCAAUGGUCUGGUCCCUCUACCAGUCAAAGUCUGCUUUUCAUGCAACAGGAGUUGCAGGUUGGCUCCGCUGAUCCAGUGUGAUUAUUGUCCCCUUCUGUUCCACAUGGACUGUCUGGACCCUCCACUCACAGCUUUACCCGCUGGCAAAUGGAUGUGUCCAAACCAUGUGGAGCACUUGGUGCUGAAUCAGAGGAGCCUGAGCCUGUCCAGCCGCUGUCAGCUCUUCGACCAUUUCCAGGACAGGAUGUCCCAGCAUGCCGUUAAGUUGGACUUCCUGCGUAGAGUCCAUCGGCAGAACGCACCAAACCGGCGCACAACCCACCAGCACAAUAAGAAGACCAUCAAGGUGCCAGAUGCCAUCAAGUCCCAGUACCAGAAUCCGCCCCCAAUGCUGCUUCCUGCAGGGGUGCGCCAGCUGGAGCUGGUUUGUAGCGGUGUUCCCGGCCAUCAGCCCUCAAAGCAUCUCACCACAGAGGCUGAGCAGCAGGAGUGGCUUCAGGAUGUCAUCGCCCUCCAGUGCAGCAUCAUGCGACACAUAUCCAACAAGCAGAAGACUUCAUCCACAGCACCCACCCUGUCAUCAGGAACAUUGUCAGCAGAGUGGGUUUCUGAGCAAAAAGCCAGCAUGAAAUCAUGUUUAACAUCAGAGGACAUGAAAACUCAGGCCUCUUUAGAAAGGACUUCUUCCCUUGACCACUGCUCUAAACCCUGCAGUACACCUGAUGAUCCCCAGGGGGCCUCUCUUUCAAGGGACACCCUUGCAGACCUUGGUGUUUGUAAAUGCAACACGACACAAUGUCAGAACUGUAGGAAACCCAACGGACCUCUUGCAGAGGAUUGUCAGCCUCCCAAAGCCAACGGACCCGUAGACUGUAACAGUGCCUCAGACUCCUGCAGGCAGGCUGAGCUGCAGCAUAGACUGAAGUCAAGUACAGCACCCCCAAAAUCAGCCUCUGUCUCUGGGCUGGUCAACCACAUAGGAGCAGAAACAGUUAAAAAGGAGCCUGAGAAUACUACAGAGGCCUGUGCUCAGAAAAACUGCCCCACUGCCCCGACGAUAUGGCCCCACAGCGGCCAGCAGAACCACAGGAGCCAGACAGAGCUUCAGGAGGAGUGUAUGAGCAGCGAUGAAAAACCCGCCUACUCUGUCACCAGCAGCGCCCACUCAGACACACCACCUAAAGGCAGCCAGGAGCAGGAGCCAGCCAAGCUGGGGUCGUCGUCACCUACUCCAGACAUAAAGGCUGGUCCUGGACUGAUGGGCUCACUGCUGCCCAGCACUCUCUCCUCCAUCACUAACCUGUCCACCUGCAUGAAGGAUGGAAAGGAUGAGGAAAGAGGGAUUGAGCUGGACAAACUGGAUGCAGAGAUGAUCAAGCUGUUGGCCUGGCAGAGGAUCCAGCAGCUCUUUCCCCCCAAAAUGCCCAGCACUCCACCUCCCCCAGCCACCAGUGCUGCCCCCAAAACCCCAUCACCCUGCCCUGAUAGUCAGAAGAAGGUGCAGGCACGAGCUGUCUUCUACCCUCUGACAGGAAAAGGAGGAGCUGUCAGCAUGUGCUAUAGGACGUUAUACAUAGGAUCAGGUGCUGACAUGGAUGUGUGCCUUACAAACUAUGGCCAUUGCAACUACAUUUCGGGGAAACACGCCUGUAUUUUCUAUGAUGAGAACACCAAGCAUUAUGAGCUGCUCAACUACAGUGAACAUGGCACCACAGUGGACAACGUCCUCUAUUCAUGUGACUUCUCUGAGAAGGCCUCCUCAUCUCCACCAAGCGGGCUUGUGGCCAAAGUCCAAGGCAUCAUACGUCGGAGUAAGAAGCGCGAGGAUGAUGAGGGUCCCCGCUCUGUGGCAGGUUUGUUGCCGGCUGGUGGAGUGAUGAGCAGCCAGCCUCAGGGCGGCUCCGAGAUGUCGUGCAGCUGUAAGGCAAGCAGCUCCAGCUUGAUUGGAGGCAGCGGGGCGGGUUGGGAGGGCACGGCCCUGCUCCACCAUGGCAGCUACAUCAAACUGGGCUGCCUCCAGUUUGUCUUCAGCAUCACAGAGUUCGCCAGUAAGCAGCCCAAAGAGGAGCAGACCACCAUGCCUGCUGCCAGCUGCACUAUCAGUGGCAGUGCAGCCAGCACCACUACCAGCACCACCACCACCCUGUCACCACCACCCAACACUGCCACAGUGAGCAGCCCCUCCAGCCAGGACGAGACCGACACUGAGACUGUCCCUCCCCACCAAGUGCCCGCACUGCGCUCCAACUCUAUUCCAUAACCUGCACAGGAAGUCCUGCCCUCCCUCCUUUUGUUUUGCACCUUCCGAGUCACAAUGAAGGGAAAGCUGCACAGCUGGUUGGUCAACAGGGAAAAGUUUAUUUUUUCAUUUUUAAUGGUUUAUAUCUUUGCAUGAACUUGAAGUAUUAUUGACAAUCUCUACUGUUUUUGAAUGACUGACCAGUAACCCUCUGUUCACUUCAGACCGUUAGGACUAUGAGCGAACAUUAUUUACCUACGCUCAAUUUUUCUUUUGCCAGUAUAUUGGUCAUGUAUGGUGUAACAUUAUUUUGUCAGUCAGCCCAUUUAGCACAAACUUUUAUUUUGUAGUAUUGAAUUCCAUACAUUCUAAUUUCUUUUGCUGCUUUUGCACCAUAGGUAGCUAUAUAUGUAUGAAAACAUACAUGCUUAUACACUAUAAUAUGUAUAUAUAAUGUAAAUAUAUAUAAUUCAGUGCCUCUCAAUUGGAGAAACAUUGGAUUUCAUGUAGAUUUACCAUUUUUUGGUUUUUAACUGUACAGUUCAUGGAAUUUGUGAUACUGUGUAGAGUACCAGAAGUUUUGUGAUAAAAUUUGUUCUUAGUCUGUACUUUCCACUGUAGUCCAUCUGUAAAUACCAUGUUGUUUUAGCACUCAUUUUAACAUCUUGUGCUGCUCUGUAUAUAAGCACUCUUUGUCUGUACCUGCUUGUCUGUUCAAACCUGUAAAUACAGAAAGAUUUUCUAA